AAGCACUGCCGUGACAUCACGGAGAAACUCAACUGGCGUUCAAAAAUCAAAACAUCCCGAAACGUCCUCGUCGUUUUCAUAUUAAUAUUCAUCAUUAUCAUCGAGUGACUGCAGUCAUUAAACAGCUUGUUUUCGCCGUCAGACCUUUUCUGCAUUGGUGUGGAAUUACGCACAAAAAUGUGAGCAGGUUCACUUUCUGUUUGCAUUAUUGUGUCAAGAUGGCUGAUGAUUUGGUCUCCUGCACGGCUGGAGGGGCCGUUCGCUCCGCUCAGCCUUGUGCCAAGCAGAAAUAUCGCAGCACCGCCCACUCACAGGGGCUGUUAGAUGGGCUGCUUAUGCUGCGACAAGGUGGUAUUCUGUUUGACGUGGUGCUCUUGGUGGAAGGAAAACCCAUCCAGGCUCACCGAAUUCUCCUGGCGGCGUCGUGUGACUAUUUCAGGGGCAUGUUUGCAGGUGGUUUGCGGGAGAUGCAGCAGACUGAGAUCCCUGUUCAUGGGGUUUCAUACACGGCCAUGAUGAAGCUGCUGGACUUCAUCUACACCUCGGAGCUGGAGCUGGACUUGGACACGGUGCAGGAGGUGCUGUGUGCCGCCACGCUGCUGCAGGUCCAAGAUGUGAUCGGCUUCUGCUGCGACUUCUUGUUCUCCUGGCUGGACGAUGACAACAUCCUGGAGGUGGAGAAGCUGGCCGACAUCUACGGGCUCCACCAGCUGGGGGAAAAGAUUCGCUCAUAUCUGCUGAAGAACAUCCAGACGUUUUCACGCACGCCGGUGUAUCGGAAACUACCUGCAGAAAAGGUGUUGAGUGUGCUUUGUAGUAACGAGCUGGAAGUGGACUCGGAGAACGAGGUGUACGAAGCCGCACUUCACUACCAUUACACUCCCGAACAGGUGGAGAAAGACCAGGUUUGCUUACAGGAACCGCUGCGGAUGUUGGAGGCGGUGCGGUUCUGUCUGAUGGAGAAGCACGUUUUGCAGCGUUUGCACAGUCGGUUAAAGCAGUGCCCGCUGCGGGACUCGGUGGCUGCCGCUCUGCGUUACCACAGUCAGGAGCUUUGGCAGCCGGUGAUGCAAACCCCGCUCACUCUGCCCCGCUGCAGCUCCCAGUGCAUUGUGGGAUUUGGUGGCAUGUAUGCAUCGAGUGCGCUGGUGGACAAUGAAGAGCGCUUUCAGGUCUUCCACCCAUCCUGGAGCGAGUGGCGGAGCCUGGCGGCAGAGCGCGCUCCGCGCAUGUCCAACAUGGGCAUCGCUGUGCUCAAUAACUUUGUGUAUUUAAUCGGCGGGGACAAAAACACCAGCGGCUUCCGGGCUGAAGCUCGAUGCUGGAGGUACGAUCCUCGCCAAAACAGCUGGUGUACAGUGGAGUCUCUCCGGCAGCAGCACGCGGAUCAUUGCGUCUGUGUGGUCGAUAAAUACAUCUACGCCAUCGGAGGACGAGACUACACCAAUGAGCUGGACUGUGUGGAGAGAUACAACCCACAGACCAACACAUGGGAGUUCAUGGCGCCGCUCAAACGAGAGGUCUAUGCUCAUGCUGGCGCAGUGAUUGAUGGGAAGAUCUACAUAUCGUGCGGCCGGCGGGGAAUGGCGUAUCUGAAGGAGACGUACUGUUAUGAUCCCGGCAGUAAUCAUUGGAGUGUGUGUGCUGAGGGUCCGGUGGAACGAGCCUGGCAUGGCAUGGCAGCCCUCAACGAGCGGGCUUACGUAAUGGGAGGAAGCAACGAUAGCUGCGGAUACAGAAGAGACGUACUGAAGGUGGCGUGUUAUAACCCAACAGCAGAUGUGUGGUCAGUGGUCAGUCCACUGCCAGCAGGACAUGGAGAGCCCGGUACUGCCGUCCUCGAUGGUCGCAUCUACAUUCUGGGUGGACGGUCGCAUGAUAAAGGCAGUCGAAUGAAGUACGUCCACAUUUAUCAUGCGGACGAGGACCGAUGGGAGAGCGGCACGGCUCUGGAGGACCGCGUAUCCGGACUUUCAGCCUGUGUGCUGCUUUUGCCUCGAGCAGCAAUGGCUCAGGCUCACAGUUGGGAGCAAAGAGCCAAAGCAUCAUGGGAAGAGGUGGACUGGGACGACUCGGACAACUCCAGCGAAGACUAAUGGCAUUAGCGCAGCUCAGGUAGGCCAGAAAAAUCACAAAGUGAGGGAAAGACAGGCUUUAUGACCUUGGAGAGUAUUUAAAAUUCCACUGAUCUUGAAUGGGUCACGUUUUGGGGGCGUUUUAGUUUGAUUAUUAUUAUUGAAAAGCGGUAGCCGUGUUUCCAUGCAAAGAUGCGAAUUACAUUUGGAAUAAUGCAUGAAAUAUUUGCGAAUAAAGCAGCGUUUUUAUCAAAUUAGUCAAAAAGGAGGAGGGCCGGAGCAGGGGGUAGCGCUGUAGCCUCACUGCAAGAAGGUCGCAGGUUCGAGCCUCUGAUGGUGGUUGAGUUUGCAGCUGAAUAUUAUUCAAGUCAAGUCAUGUUAAAAUUUAUUUAUAAAGUGCUUUUUAAAACAACAAGUGCUUACCAAAGUGCUGUACACUAGAGAUGCGCGGAUGGCGGUUACAGCUGCGGA